AUGAUGAUGACUGGCCGUGUGCUGCUGGUGUGUGCCCUCUGCGUGCUGUGGUGCGGUACUUCUGGCGGUAGAUGUGACGAGGAUGUUCGGGUUACUGAAGAGAAAAAAGAAUCAUCGGGGGAUUUGCAGCCCGUAACUCCUGUUGCUGCUGCAGGAAAACAGCACGCGGAGCCAAUUAAUCAAGAUUCCGAUCUCGUGAGGCAACCGUUGGUUAAAGAUUUAGAAGGCCCUUCACCAAAGCACCAAACAGAUGAUAAAGUCUUGGGCGUGGUUGAUAAUGAAGACGAUGUUACGGAUAAAGAAAAGGAAGAAAGAGAUAAAGCACAAGAAGGGGCACCUGAUGGUCAAACGCAAGAAGAAGAAGUACCGCCACCACCUUCACCUCUUUCUCCAGCACCACUACAAUCACCACCACCACCAGCAGCAUCGGAUGGAACUCAACCCGGUGGCGGUCCUGGUGCCGACAGUUCUGGAGGAGGUUCCAACGGAAGUGGAAGUUCCAUUGGAGGUGGAGGCUCGAAUUUAGAGACUCUUGCCGUUAAUUGUGGCAAUCAAUCUGCUUUUGGGAGUUUGGGUUACGGUGGUGAAACUGGCUCUUUCUCUGGUGGAGCGGGAAAAGGCGGAGUCGACAUUGGCAGUCCUCGAGGUGAUUUCUCGGAUUCUUCUCUUUCUGCGGAUGGUACUUUUUUAUCUCCCCGCC